ACUACCACUACUGUAAUGGCUGCAACCAUCAUUUUUGUGCUGUUGAAGUUACCACAGCUACCACAAUAUCAAUUAUCCUACAGGUGCAACGUGAUCUGCCCGUCUCCUGUUGCAACACCAAGCUACUCUGAGAGAGCACAGGACUUGAAUGACUCUGACAAGACGCAUAUUGACUACAUGAGGGACACAAUGAUCGGUCGCCUGGCUUACCCCGAGGAAGUGGCUAACCUAUGUGUCUACCUGGCCUCUGAUGAGUCUUCCUAUCACACCGGCAACGUCUUCACCAUCGACGGGGGAUUCUGUCUCUGAAAUGCUAACUCCUCGGAACUACCACAACACCUCUGGAGUUCCUAACACUUCCAAUAUCCGAUAACUCCAAGACUUCCAAAGAAGUCCGGAUUUCGGGAAUUCAUUUUUCGAAAUCAGAAGACAUUCCUCAAUCAUCUGAAUACAUCAAGAAUUCAGAACACAUCUGAAUGUAACAUCACUUCAUUCAUUAUGAGAACAUGUUGGAUAAUUUGGCAGUAUUCAGAGCCAGAGUAAGAUUAUUUACCAGGUGGAAAUUAACCGUGGUGAUGUACAGUACUUGACAAAAUUAAACAUGGAAGGACAUUAA